UCAAGAUAAAUAAAAUCAACUGAUUUUCAAAAAUAAUUAAAUUAUAAUACAAUUUAUUGCACAAAAAUAAUUCAAGAGUAUUAAACCGGCGUAUUAGGAGUGCUAUGACAUAAAAUUAUUUAAAUAAGGCAACUAAAUACGCAAAAUCGUAUGCAAACACAAUAAUAGCAAUGAAUUGGAUAUCAACACCUUUAGGCAUUCAUAUCCUUUUAAACUUAAAUGGAAAACAUGCGGGGAAAUGUUUUAAGGUAUUUGAUAAGGUCAGCAAAGUUCUCAUACAUAAAAAAGAAUUUCUUAUAAAAAAUAAACUAUUCCAGUUUGUGUCAGAUGGCAAGAAAUUUUUACUGGACACAAAAAGUCAAUUUAAUCUCGAAAAGGAAAUAUUUACAAGUUCUCAAGAGUCUUCUGCUGCUGUGAAAAAUUGGAUAAAUCAAUAUGGAGAUUUUCAAUUUGAACCAGAGAAAUAUAAUUAUCCUGAGGCUAAAGCCCUCUUAACUAAUGUUUGUAUGUAUAAGGGUGCCUGGAAAAGUUCAAUGGUUAAAGUGCACAAUUCAUUUAGUUAUACUGAAGAUAUUAAAUAUGAAGUUAGGAUGCUUGUAGUGAGCAUAUGCGAUGAUGUCUCAUUUGCAAUUGUGGUGCCGAACGAGACAGACGUGUUAUGUCACCUGGUGCAGAAAUUGCAUGAGGAAGGCUUGUCCGCUGCAUUGACAACCAUACAGCCAGCUUUCACUGCGACAUGCAAACAAAAUUUACCAACUUUUCAGUUUAACUCAAGCAUUGUUUUAAGGGUCCCUCCGGAUGCCAAGACAACAAUAUCACAAUAUGGCUGUGUUACAGUGGAUCAAACUGGAAUUGAUAUCAAAGUUUUAUCUUGUUUACUCGUUGGCAAAGGAAGUAAUUUUGAUAGUAACUGUCCGCAGAUUUCCAAUGAUUGUUUCAGUUUUGCACUUAUAUAUAAAGAUUGGCCAAUUUUUACUGGUCAAGUGUUACCUUAGGUAUUUAAAUAUCGACCAGCAUUAUAUUGUUACUGUAUAUUAAAAGAUUUCUGUACAACUUACUACCGCACCUAGAGUUCUUAAUUAGUCAAAGAGGACUGUACAUUUCUCG